CUCUCUCUCUCUUUCUCUCACACUCACAUGAGACACACACAGAGACAUACUCUCUCUCUCUCUCUCUCCUCAAGUCUUGAGUGUGCUUCACUGCAACAACAAAACCAACCCCGUCUGAAUUGCUCUUGUAGGAUAUAGUGAGAUACAGUCUACAGUUACAGUCUAAAAGCAAGAGAGAGAUGGUUGGAUUGGUGACCACAAUUCAUAAAUGAUAGUUGAACAGUAGAGUGGAUGGGUGCAGUUACCAUGGCGGCGUAGCAGAGAGAGAGAGAGGGGCUCUAAUUCCGUGCCAUAAUUGCCUUUGAUUUGGAGAAACUAAAACUGCAACUGCAGCUACUGCAAGAGAAUUGAUCAGCCAGCAGCAACAUACACCAAACCCAACAUCCUGUUUUCUUUGGUCAUUUUAUUCUUUGAAAGCUGUAGUAGGACGAUGUUUGGGUUAAACAGAAACACUAGUACGUAAUAGUAUGCGAUUGAAUACAAGUUGGUGCGAGCUGAGUGCACUAGUAUUUUAAAGAUUCGCGAAGGUUCUAUCUGCUAUGGAUGAUAUUAUCUCUGAAUUGGGGAUAGUUUCAGCUUUUGGGUGCAACAACAAAUGGCUGGGUUCUUCUCUCUAGGUGGAAGGGGAGCUGGCCCACACAGCAACAAGGAAGAAGAAGGAGAAAGAGUAGCAGAAAAACAUCAUCAAGACCAUCACAACAGCAAUAGCCUAUUCUUGUUCAGGAACAACGAGGAGGUGUACAACAAAGGAGGAUUCGAGAUAUGGCCGCAGCCCUACCACCAAAACCAAGGUUUCAGCAACUACUACUCGUUUGGGGUGGGUCCUAGUACUCAUCAACCUAGAAGGAACAACAACAACAACGACAACUCCAACAACAACUCCAACGACGAAGGCGUCUCCUUCUGUGUCUCGGAUGAGUCGACGAGAUUUGGACUGACGAUGAUGAGGUCCUCCGGUGGUGGUGGUGGAGGAUGCCUUCCCACGAUGGAUCUGCUACGAUCGGAGCCUAUGCAGCUAGUUCAGUUGAUCAUUCCCAUCGAAGCAGCUCAUCGAUCCAUCUCUUACCUCGGUGAUCUCGGCCUCGUUCAAUUCAAAGAUCUCAAUGCAGAUAAAAGCCCGUUCCAACGAACAUAUGCUACUCAGAUUAAAAGGUGCGGGGAAAUGGCUCGCACGCUACGGUUAUUUAAGGAACAAAUGACAAAGGCGGGUGUAUCUCCCUCGAUGCAGAAUACCAGAAAUAGUGUUAUUGAUCUGGAUCAUUUGGAGGUUAAACUUAAAGAACUUGAAGCUGAUCUGCUUGAGAACAAGGCAAAUAAUGAGAAGUUGCAACACACCUACAACGAGCUGGUAGAAUAUAAGCUUGUUUUGGAGAAGGUUGGUGAAUUUUUCUCUUCAGCACAAAACAGUGCUGUAGCUCAGCAGAGGGAGCAUGAUGUCCAAACAACUGUUAAAGGGUCGAUUGACAGCCCAUUAUUACUAGAACAAACAACAGCGUUUUCGGCUAAGCAGGUUAAGCUGGGUUUUAUCAGUGGUCUUGUUCCGAGAGAAAAAUCAAUUCCUUUUGAAAGAAUCUUGUUUCGUGCUACAAGGGGGAAUGUAUUUAUGAAGCAAGCCGUGAUUGAUAAACCUGUGCUCGAUCCAAUAUCAGGAGAGAAGGUUGAUAAAAAUGUAUUUGUUGUAUUUUAUUCUGGGGAGAGAGUUAAAAGUAAAAUUCUGAAAAUAUGUGAUGCUUUUGGAGCAAAUCGCUAUCCUUUCUCAGAUGACCUGGGGAAACAAUUUCAGAUGAUAAGAGAGGUGUCAGGGAAACUUUCAGAGUUGAAGACUACCAUCGAUGUAGGAUUGCUUCAUUGGAGCACUUUACUCCAGUCUAUUGGACAUCAGUAUGAGCAGUGGAGCCUUCUGUUGAGGAGGGAAAAAGCCGUUUAUCACACCCUAAAUAUGCUUAGCUUUAAUGUGACGAGAAAAUGUCUCCUUGCAGAAGGUUGGUGUCCUGUUUUUGCGACAAGUCAGAUUCAGAAAGUAUUGCAGCGGGCAACUAGGGAUUGUAACUCCCAGGUCGGAGCCAUAUUUCAGGUUCUCCAGACAAAGGAAUCACCACCGACCUAUUUUUACACAAACAAAUUUACUUCUUCUUUUCAAGAAAUUGUAGAUGCUUAUGGAGUUGCCAAGUACCAGGAGGCAAAUCCCGGUGUAUACACAAUCAUCACCUUUCCGUUCCUUUUCGCUGUCAUGUUUGGUGACUGGGGCCAUGGCAUAUGCAUAUUGCUGGCUUCUUUGUACCUCAUAAUUAGAGAGAAAAAGUAUUCGAGUCAGAAACUUGGAGACAUCAUGCAAAUGGCAUUUGGCGGACGCUAUGUUAUUGCGAUGAUGGCAAUCUUCUCAAUCUACACUGGCUUCAUAUACAAUGAAUUCUUCUCUGUUCCGUUUGCUAUAUUUGCACCAUCUGCCUAUGCAUGCCGUGAUCCAUCAUGCAGGGAUGCUUCUACAACAGGUUUAAUAAAAGUGCGAAACACCUACCCAUUUGGUCUGGAUCCUGUAUGGCAUGGCACUCGGAGUGAACUUCCAUUUCUUAACUCUUUGAAGAUGAAGAUGUCUAUUUUACUAGGAGUAUGCCAGAUGAAUCUUGGAAUCAUAUUGAGUUAUUUUAAUGCAAAAUACUUUGGAAGCAGCAUAGAUGUUUGGCACCAAUUUGUUCCCCAGAUGAUAUUCUUAAAUAGCCUAUUCGGCUACCUUUCGCUCAUCAUAAUUGUUAAAUGGUUUACUGGAUCACAGGCCGACUUAUAUCAUGUGAUGAUAUACAUGUUCUUAAGUCCAACUGAUGAUUUGGGUGAAAACCAGCUCUUUGUUGGCCAGAAGUUUCUUCAACUUGGAUUAUUGUUGUCAGCACUUGUAGCUGUACCAUGGAUGUUAUUACCAAAGCCCUUUCUUCUGAAGAAACAACACGAAGAAAGGCAUCAAGGUCAAUCUUACUCUCUGGUCCACAGUACGGAUGAUCCUAUUGAAUCAGGGCCACAUAGCCCUCACGGCCAUGAGGAGUUUGAGUUCAGUGAAGUUUUCGUGCACCAACUUAUACAUACAAUAGAAUUUGUGCUUGGUGCUGUGUCUAAUACAGCUUCAUAUCUACGUCUAUGGGCCCUCAGUCUGGCUCAUUCAGAGUUGUCGAGUGUCUUCUAUGACAAAGUUCUACUUAUGGCCUGGGAGUUUAAUAAUACCGUUAUUCUUAUUGUUGGCGUUAUUGUUUUCAUAUGUGCAACUGUUGGUGUAUUACUGCUUAUGGAAACUCUAAGCGCUUUCUUGCAUGCUUUGAGACUUCACUGGGUAGAGUUUCAGAAUAAAUUUUAUGUGGGAGAUGGUUACAAGUUUGCCCCAUUUUCAUUUGCGUUACUUAGUGAUGAGGAUGAACUGUAGUUGCCAUAUACAGAUACCAGAU